AUAAAUUUUUGUCCUACGUAAAAUGAAAUAUGGCAGUCUGAAUUAACAAAUGACAUUAGUUUUUUUUUUAGUAACGAUUCUCAUCUGUCAUACUAAGAAUAUAAGAAUCAUGUGUUCAAAAAAUCUUAAAUUCAAACACGGAAACAAAAGAAAAUUUCGGAGAGAGAUUGAUUUCUUAGUAAUCCUUCCUAAUCAAAUACCUUAUAACUUUCUAGUAAUAAAUAUCAAAAGAAAUUUCGUACUUUACAACUUUCUCGUUCUCCUAACAAUAAAUAUCAAAUAAUAAUAUUAGGACGCGUUACGCGUUUCUAAUUAGCGUAUUUACUGUAAUUACUAUAUAAUAAACAGACAAUUAAUACUUAUGUUAUAUAUUUAAAGUCGGAAUAGUAAAUGAAGCUAUUCG